GUUGUACUUCCCUUUUAUACUGAAGCCGUCUCGACAAUACACACUCCCUGUACAACGCUCUACAGAUAUAUAUCUCUGUAUACUAUUAGCAAUUCUGACUGGUAAGAAGACCAGCUAACUGCAAACAAAACCAGGGUGCGAAUUUGCACUUCGGAGUUAAACUUUCAUCACGAUUAACAUAAAAUAAAAUGAUGUGAAAACACCAGGAUUAUUCAGACAAGGAGUUACCAAAGACCAUAUUGAAUGUUAUACUGUCAAUCACUGACCUCCAGGUAUCUGCGCUAUAACCAGGAAAUUCAGGGUGGAAAACACCUUGUGAGCAAAAAACAACAACGACAAAUAAAACCCUGAAUCCACUGCAUUAAUGGAAUGGCUCACUGCAGCAGAUCCUGCAGCAAAUGUAUGGCACGGGUCUAAAGCAAGUAAACCCUUCUGAUUACAGUGCCUUCUGCAGUCCAGGAUAAUGACUUACCUGUUUGGAUAGUUCAAUAAUGCAAUAAAGUAAUAAAAUACACUGCAGAAACAUCUACUCCCGGAUCUAGGUUGGCUGUGUAAAGAAUUGACCUUACUGUCUCUAUCUGAUGUAUGCUGGCACUCUCAGUUAUUUCUGGAAAUGCAUUCUAUAUUUGUGAAUCUCUGGAUGCAAUGGUGAGUUUGUCUUCCUGCUUGGUAAGCAGCCGAUGCAGACUUACACAAAUGUGUCUCUAUUCCUACAAACACUGGCAUUACAUCUUCAUCUUUAUCACCAUCGUUCCAGUAUCCACAGGCGCCUUGGAGAUUGAAGUUGAACAUGCAACACUCUAUGGAGCAGUAGGAGAAUCGGUCCUUCUCUCUGUGAAUUACAGUCUGCCCAAAGAAACAAAGCUACUAGAUAUAACGUGGAAGCUGAAGCAAGGUCUGGGAACCAGAAAAGUGUACGAUUUCCCAAACAAAAUGUUAUCUUCACCCUUCAUCACUAACUAUGAGAAGAGGGCAGAAGACUUCCGGAAUGGUUCCAUACUGCUGAAAGAUCUGAUGUCCUCCGAUGAAGGGCUGUAUGUAAUCACAAUCACUACAAACGACGGCAUAGAGAAGGACAGGGAGAUCCAGCUCUAUAUCGAAGCUCCUGUCACCAUGCCCUCUAUUACACAGUCUCCUCAAAGCGCAAGUCGUGGAGAACUCGUAUCCCUGAUCUGUAAUGCAUCUCGAGCAGCCAAUAUGACGAUGCGUUGGCUGGAGUCUAAUUCUUCCUCUCCUGAGAACUCUUUCUCGGAUGAGAAUGUCAUGCUACUGACGUUAACGGUGGCACCUGAAGACUGCAGGACAUACACCUGUGUGGUGGAAAACAACGUGAGCAGGAAACAGCUCAGUCACACUCUGAACGGAUCUGAGGAGCUGUGUGGCUCGGAUAUUUUACCUGAUCAAUCUUCUUUAUGGAUCUCCCUGGGCAUUUUGAUACCAAUUGCAGUGUGCAGCAUCAUCAUCAUCAUCAUCGUCAUGGGGUGGUGUUACAAAACCAAGAGAGAAGAUAGAAAGAAAGUAAAAGAUGAAGCAGAAUUACAGGAAAUGAAUCCCGACCUCUCAAAAUGAGAUUUACGUUUCUGUAGCAGUAUCUGAAACGGAUUAGGGUUAGGAUUCGUGCAAAAAGAUUGCAACUCUGCAUAAUAACAUUGUAAUGCUGUGACAUGCAUUUUAACUUAUAUGUAGAUGCACAGUAAUUACUCAAUAACCUGGUACGGUAAUGUUUUCAUGUAUUCCGCGUCAUGGAAAAAGCUGCGUCUCCCUGGUUCAGUCAUAACAACUUUAAUUGAAGGUGCUGGGUUUGCAGACAGACGUGUUAUAAGCCACUGUGCAGAACAGGCUGUGUAUUUCUACCCAUUACUUCCCUGAAGGAACUGGAGGUGGUGUAAUAGGGAUCGAUCACUUACCCUUCCAAUUUAAACACAUGGCAUCAGAUUUGCUGUCCCUAGUGGUCCUAUACCCUUUUACAAUGUAAUGGUGGGUUGCUUUGAUUCGUAUUUGUAUAUUUUUUGUAAUGCUCGGCUGUCAGUACAGUAUUAAUAAAGGAACACUAGCUAUGGAAAUGUGAUUAUAUCACUGAAUUAUACGGCAUAACGAUUUCCAUGUAAUUGCAAAUGAGUUACUGGGUGUGAGUUGGAACCAGGCACCAGAGAUAAUUGCUUGUUUAGUACAAUGCAUAUUCAUAGCCUGCUAUCGAAAUUGCUACCAUGUGUCUCAGUCUAAGUGAACGACACUUGCCGCUGUGUUUUGCAGCACUGUUCUGAAACAGGAGCUUUGUGUUCCCUCAGCUAAAGCCUCUCUGUCCUGCAUGGGUUUCUUGCAGGGGAAUGAAAGGGUAAAGUGUGUGCGUGCGUGCGUGCGUGUGUGCGUGUGCGUAUAUUCCCUGACAUUCAGGUUGUACGUUUUGUUAAUGCUAUGUUUCACAACCUGCAGUUGUGAAACGUACGUAUGGGGUGUAUGUCCCUAAGUGUUUGUUUUUGUAAAGGUUCACAAUAAAUAAUGUGUUUCAAGUGCAGUAAAUUGCCCUGUUUGAUUUUAUUAAGAUCUCUCGUCUUUGAAAAAUGUUGUACAUUUAAACAAAUGCAACGUUUUGAAGGCAGCAAACGCUAAAAUAUUCUUUCUACAUAAACAAUUUGACAUGUGAUGAUGUAAUAAAGGAAAAGUGACACCUGAUC